UGCAGUUUCCUUCCGCCAAUCCCCGCGGGCCACAGCUAGCUGGCCCGCCCGGCCCCUGUCUGUCACCGACCGAGCAGCCAGCCAAUCAGGAGCGCGACAUCAUCCCGCCUUGGCUCUCGUUCGCUGAGGCGGGCAUCGUUCGGUGUUUUGAGCCGCCGCGCCACCGAUCUCCGGCAGCGAGAGGUGGUUGAAAAGAGGUGGCGGGAAACCACUGUUUGGUCGAAAUUGCCUCCCUCACGGUCGCUUCGGAUGAUAACAGAUUUCAGAAGACUGAACCACAGGCCAGAGUCCUCAAUAAAUGAGAGAUUUUUCACAAUCAAAAUUAACAGCAAAAUAAGUCAAGAUGUCUGUCGAUCCAAUGACCUAUGAGGCCCAGUUCUUUGGCUUCACACCACAAACUUGCAUGCUCAGGAUCUACAUUGCAUUUCAAGACUACCUAUUUGAAGUGAUGCAGGCUGUUGAACAGGUUAUUCUGAAGAAGCUGGAGGGCAUCCCAAACUGUGAGAUUAGCCCAGUCCAGGUUCGUAAGUGCACAGAGAAGUUUCUUUGCUUCAUGAAAGGACGUUUUGAUAAGCUUUUUGUCAAAAUGGAGCAGCUGUUUUUACAGUGGAUUUUGCGUAUUCCCCCAAACAUCUUGCUUCCGGAAGAUAAAUCUCAGGAGAUGCAUUCUUAUAGUGAGGAAGAAUUCCAGGUUCUCCAAAAAGAAAUUGAACAGUUACAGGAGAAGUACAAGACUGAAUUAUGCACUAAGCAGGCCCUUCUUGCAGAGUUAGAAGAGCAAAAAACUGUUCAGGCCAAACUUAAACAGACAUUGGCUUUGUUUGAUGAGCUUGAAAAUGUUGGCAGAAAUCAUGGGACUAGUGAUUUCAGGGACAGCUUGGUGUUCCUGGCCCAGAACUCCAGAAAACUCCAGGAUAUUAGAGACAAUGUGGAGAAGGAAAGCAAAAGACUGAAAAUAUCUUAAUUUCUAAAUAGUAAAAGGAGCCAGUCAAAAGUAGGUCUGUAUAUUUUGUUGGCUUUUCCUUUUGUUUGGUCCACUCCCCUGAAGUAUCUGUGUACUACUCGAAACUGAUCUUUGAAGCAUUUAUUCCUUAUAGGCCUCUAAUAGGUGGGAAGGGAUUCUUAAUCCAUUAAAGACUCAUUUAGGGCUUGAUGAAGAAAUAAAGCUUUCCAUGGCCAGUCAAAAGAUAUUUGUAAAAGGUGUACUUUGGUCAUGAGUCCUUUGUAACCUUGAUCCUUUUUACUUAUUCUUUAGAUGAGACCAAAUGACAAAAAGGUUGAGUGGGUGGCUUCUUUUUUUAAAUAUAUUUUUAUUGAUUUCAGAGAGAAAGGGAGAGAGAGAGAGAGAGAGAUAGAAACAUGCCUCCUGCAUGCCCCCACUGGGGAUGGAGCCCGAAACCUGUGCCUGUGCCCUGACUGGGAAUUGACCUGUGACCUUCUGGUUCAUAGGUCAACACUCAACCACUGAGCCACACCAGCCAAGGCAAGUGGGUGGCUUCUUUAUUAAUCAGCCACUACACUGUGGGACAGCCAACAUAGAAUAUGUGCUCUUGCCCAUAAUUUUUCUUACACCAGGAAGUUGAUAUGUAGUUUAAAGAAGCAAGUAGCAGAAAAACAACCAUAAUCUUUAGUAAAGAAGAAAGAAAUUUUUUUUUCUAAAAUAAAUCCUUUCCAUGACCAAGGCCUUGAUGGUGUUAAACAAUUUACUGUCUUGGAGCCCAGCAGUGGACAAAAAAGAAGCAGAUCUCACUGGAAUAGAAAAGGAAGCCUGGAACAUACCCAAUAGCAAAGUUUAUGUUAACUGACUAUUUGGUAUUUAUGCCAUUUUUUGUUUGUUUGUUAGUUAAUCCUCACCCGAGGAUACUUUUCCAUUGAUUUUUAGAGAGUGGAAAUGAAGGGGAGAGACAGAAAGAAAGAAACAUCUAUGUGAGAGGGGACGCAUCAAUUGGUUGCCUCCACCAAGGCCAGGGAUUGAGCCUACAACCUAGGUAUGUGCCCUUGACUGGAAUCGAACCUGGGACCUUUCAGUCCAUGGGCCGAUGCUCUAUCCACUGAACCACACUAGCCAGGGCAUAUUUAUGCCAUUUUUAAAUUCGUACUUCAGAUAGUUUUGGAAUUUUUCUUGUGUCUAAUAUUUAAUUAACUUAGGUAUUCACACUCAUAAGUAUCAAAUAUUUAUUACCCUCAGUGGGAAAUUUUAGCUGUGUCUUUUGCUUAAAUUCAAUGGAGUCUGAUAUAUCCUUUUGUAAUUAAUCCAUGUAACAUGUUAGGUCUCCACCAAAAAAGGGAAGAUUUGGCAAUAGUUACUCUCAAGGUAUUGCUUGUGUCUUCUUAAAGAAGAGGAUUUGGAGUUUCUCCUUUAUGUAGAAGAGUAACAUAGGGUAUUAAUAUUUGCAAUUAAAUAUUUAUAGAUUUACAAAGUCUGUGUUUACUUGGAAUAUGUUUAUUAUCAAAGAGUUCUUUUCCCAAUCCUAUACAUGAAAUACAGAUGUUUUUAAAGGC